AUGGAUGGGAAAGAGCAAAAAGCAGAGACGGAGACAAAGACGUGAUGAUAUAUAAAAGAUCAAAGGCGGCAACCACAGAAGGGGGUGACUGAGAGAUGCGAGAGAGAGAUGAUAGAGCAAGUUGGAGGGAGAAGAGUCUUGAGCCGAGGAUGGAGCCCAAAAGACAAAAGGAGGACGGGAUCUGGAGGGUUGCAAGGAGACGAUGGAGAGGAAAGAGGAAGAAGAGAAAAAGAGGAACGAGGACGAGGAUGAGGAUGAGGAUGAGGGAUAGCAAAUGUAUUAAAACGAGGUAUCGCAGUCAGUCAGACACGAAAGGACGUGUGCAUGUGGCCCUUUUUUAGUCGAGCCAGUGACCUCUGCUUCUGACGUUUGGGGUGUACACGAGGCUGUAUACGUGCAAGCAAAGUACAGCGGUACAAGCACCAGCUG